CUCUGCCGGAAAGGGAGGGACCGGCGGAGUGUGUACGGAAAGAAGCGAAAGCGCCGCGGAGCCACCGGGACCGGACCGGGAUCAUCGGGAUCGGAAUUACCGGGAUUACCGGGAUUAUCGGGAUUACCGGGAUCGAGCAGGGGGCCCAGAGCCCUCCAGGCUCCGCCGGGGAUGUUCCACGGCAUCGCGGGCCCGGCCGGCAUGGGCGCGCCCGGGAAUAAACCGGAGCUUUAUGAGGAGGUGAAGCUCUACAAGAACGCCCGGGAACGGGAGAAGUACGACAACAUGGCGGAGCUGUUUGCGGUGGUGAAGACGCUGCAGGCGCUGGAGAAGGCGUACAUCAAGGACUGCGUCACCCCCAGCGAGUACACGGCGGCGUGCUCGCGGCUGCUGGUGCAGUUCAAGGCGGCGCUGAAGCAGGUGCAGGGCGGCGACAUCGGCAGCAUCGACGACUUCUGCCGCAAAUUCCGGCUGGAUUGCCCCCUGGCCAUGGAGCGGAUCCGCGAGGAUCGCCCGAUCACCAUCAAGGACGACAAAGGGAACCUGAACCGCUGCAUCGCCGACAUCGUCUCCCUUUUCAUCACGGUCAUGGACAAACUGCGCCUGGAGAUCCGCGCCAUGGACGAGAUCCAGCCGGACCUGCGGGAGCUGAUGGAGACGAUGACCCGGAUGAGCCCCCUGCCCCCCGACUUCGAGGGGCGCCAGAAAGUCAACCAGUGGUGAGAGGGCCAAAAAAUUUGGGGAUUUUGGGGAAUUUUGGGCAAAUUUAGGGAAUUUUGGA